AUACAUGCAUUCAUUGAUUAUUGCAGUAAUUACAAACGGUUUUAUAUUUUUAUAGGUAUUUCAGCAAUAGAAAAUGGCUUCAAAAACCGCUUUUAUAGUUGUUCUGGCUUUUUUGGCCUUACAGGUGUCUGGAAAUAAAAUUCCUGUGAACGGAGUCUUCGAUGAUGCCAUCGAGUUUGCCGAAGAGUUGCUUGGAAACGUGACAAAUCUCGCAAAAGAAGCUUUAGAAGAAACCGAAAAAGUGAUCAAUGACAUAAUUAAAGAUAUCGACAAAAUUAAACAAAAUGGUACUGAUUACGCAAAACAACUAGUCGAAGAAGAAUUGAAAGAAUUAAAUGAAUUAAUCGACUUGGUAAAAAACAAUACGGACGGAGUAGCCAAGGAAGUUCUACAGUGCAUUGAAGAUGUCGAAAACGAUAUUUCUGAUUUGGAAGUUUCCGCCAUCAACGCUACUACAAUUUGUGCCGAUAACCAAGUCGAAGCUUUCCUCAACGAUAUUCUUCCGAUCCUCGAUGACAUUGCAGCAGCCAACAGCCAACUGGCAAACCAAACUGCUGAAUUAGAAAAAUGUAAAAAUGAUUUCUUCGUAGUGGACUGUCUUAAGGCUGUUGCCCAAAAUUUGUUCGACGUUAUCUUAAAAGUUCCAGACGAGAUUCAAAGUGACGUUGAAAAAGCAGAAGAGGAUCUGAAAACACUGGUAGAACAGGUUGUAGCAUGUACUGAAGAUGUAUUGCCAGAUAUAGAAAAGAAAGUGUCAGUUCUCACUGAAGAUUUCUUAAAAUGCAUAGAAUAGAAUUAAUUGCUAGGAUUGCAUAUCGAAUAAUUUAGAAGCUUAUCUAAUUUAUAAUGUAUUUAUAUUUAUUAUAUUAUGGUAGUAACAAAUAAAUUAAAAUAAAUAAUAA